AUGGAAUCUGUCAUUCGAGAUGCCCCAUUCGGGCAGCUUGUUCGUCUUCUGACAAACAAUAAAUACUUCCAAUAUCCCGAAGAAAAGCCCAAUUUCAAGCUUCCCGAUACAUGGCUUCAAUUGUUGAACUCGAGCGGAGAUGGAAGCGACGAAAAGAACAUCACCCGACAAGACUCCAUCCGAAGCGAUGAAUACAGUGAACCACUAAGCCGGGCCUCUACUGAAGCAUCCAUGCAAUUCACCGAAGCUCGUCUCGAGGCCGAUGAACAACAUGAAAUUGAGAAAGUCAAAUCCAUCGCCAUUGCCCCCAAGAAAACAAAAGACGGUUCCAUCCUCGUUGAUUGGUACUAUACCGAUGACCCAGAGAACCCACACAACUGGUCUAAUCGCAAGCGCGUUCUUAUCACUGUUUUGAUUUGUUUAUAUACCUUCGUGGUAUAUACCACUUCUGCAAUCUACACCUCCUCAACAGAGGGUAUCAUGAAGGAGUUCGGUGUGAGCACCUUGGUCGCUACUUUGGGUUUGUCACUUUAUGUUCUGGGAUAUGGAAUCGGGCCAUUGGUCUUCUCUCCACUGAGUGAAAUCCCCGUGAUUGGACGCAAUCCAGUCUACAUCGUCACCAUGUUCCUCUUCGUGAUCAUCUCCAUCCCAACAGCCGUUGUAAACAACUUCGCCGGCUUACUGGUGCUGCGCUUUCUGCAAGGCUUCUUUGGCUCGCCCUGUCUUGCAUCUGGAGGUGCUUCCAUCGGAGACCUGUACAGCCUAAUGUCCCUGCCAUAUGCAAUGAUGGCUUGGGUUUCUGCCGCCUACUGUGGACCCGCCCUCGGCCCUCUCCUCAGCGGCUUCGCCGUCCCCAUCAAAGGCUGGCGCUGGUCCCUCUUCGAAUCAAUCUGGGCCUCCGCCCCGGUUUUCAUCCUGAUGUUCAUGUUCCUGCCGGAAACCAGCAGCGCAACAAUCCUACUCCGACGCGCUGACCGUCUCCGCAAAAUCCACAAUACCACUCGCUUCCAGUCUCAAUCCGAGAUCGACCAGCGCAACAUGCGAAUCUCAGACGUUGCCAUCGACGCCCUAAUCAAACCCAUGGAAAUUACCAUCAAGGAUCCAGCCGUCCUCUUUGUCCAGAUCUAUACAGCCAUAAUCUACGGCAUCUACUAUUCCUUCUUUGAGGUCUUCCCCUUGGUCUACCCAGUCGAUUACAACAUGAACCUCGGACAGGUCGGUCUCGUCUUUUUAUGUAUGCUGGUUGCAUGCAUUCUUGGAGUCGCCAUUUACGCCAGCUACAUCUACUUCUGGAUGAACCCUCGCAUCCGCCGCUUCGGCUUCCCUCAAAAUGAGGAUCUUCUUAUCCCCGCCCUACCUGCCUCUUUUGGUCCUAUGAUUGGUCUUUUCGUCUUUGCUUGGACGGCUCGUGCGUCUAUUCAUUGGAUUGCGCCUACCAUCGGCAUCACCAUCUAUGGUGUCACGGUUUUCAUCGUCAUGCAGUGCAUCUUCAUGUACAUUCCCCUCACAUACCCCAAGUACGCGGCUAGUCUGUUCGCUGCGAAUGACUUCUUCCGCAGUGCACUUGCUUGUGGCAGUGUGCUGUUUGCGCAUCCGUUAUUUGGGAACUUGGGUGUUGCUCGUGGUGUCAGUCUUCUUGGUGGAUUGAGUGUUAUUGGUAUUAUUGGUAUCUGGUUGCUUUACUUCUAUGGUAGUAGACUUCGUGCUUUGAGCAAGUUUGCUACCUAG